CCGCCCCGCCCCGCCCGUCCAGUCCCUUCUCAGUCCUCCCGCGCGAGUCCCGCGGCCGCCGCAACGGCCCCUCGGGAGCGGCCUUACGGAGCCUCGACGGUCGGACCGACGGACAGGACCCGGAGAGUAGGGCGGAUGGACACGUUCAGCACCAAGAGCCUGGCCCUGCAGGCGCAGAAGAAGCUGCUGGGCAAGAUGGCGUCCAAGGCCACGGUGGCCGUGUUCAUCGAUGACGCGAGCGGCGAGGUGCUGGACGAGCUGUACCGCGCCACCAAGGAGUUCACCCGCAGCCGCAAGGAGGCCCAGAGGAUGGUCAAGAACCUGGUCAAGGUGGCCGUGAAGCUGGGCGUCCUGCUCCGCGGCGGCCAGCUGGGCGGCGAGGAGCUGGCGCUGCUGCAGCGCUUCCGCCAGGGGGCGCGCCGCCUCGCCAUGACGGCCGUCAGCUUCCACCAGGUGGACUUCACCUUCGACCGGCGCGUGCUGGCCGCCGGCCUGCACGAGUGCCGGGACCUGCUGCACCAGGCCGUGGGCGCGCACCUGACCGCCAAGUCCCACGGCCGCAUCAACCACGUCUUCGGCCACUUGGCCGACUGCGACUUCCUGGCCGCGCUCUACGGCCCCACCGAGCCCUACCGCUCGCACCUGCGCCGGAUCUGCGAGGGCCUCACCCGGAUGCUGGACGAGGACAGCAUAUGACCUCCGGCCCGGGGUUUCCUGAGGGGGGAGGGGGGUGGGGGUCGUUCUAGAACCUCUUUUCUCCCGCCCGAUUCUGGCCAAAUCCCCGGGACAGGCGCCCGUCCCCCCGAGAGGAUGCUGAUCCGUUGGAGGACUCUGGUCGCCUCUCCUCCCGCACCGUCUCAACAGGAGAAGAGCUCAGCCUGCGGGGGCGCGGCCUCCCCGCGCACCCCGAGGCUGCUGCCCACCCAGGCCUGCCUGACCUGACCCCCAGCACCCCUACACUCCCUCGAUGCUUCUGAAGGCUGGCACCUGCCACCUCGUCAUGUUAACGAUGUUGCCUGUUCCUUCCGACAGGGUCGUGGUGAACGGGAAGAAAGGGAGUGUUGUGGGGGUGAGCUGCAGCUCCCCAAAUUCUUUGAAGUUCUAGCCCCCAGAACCUCUGAAUGCGCCCUUGUUUGGAAAUAGGGUCCUCGCCGGUGGAAUCAGUUGAGGUCACGCUGGAGCGGGGGUGGGCCCCUGAUGCAGCAUGACUGGCGUCCUCGUAAGGGGACAUUCAGACAGAGAAGGCCGUGUGAAGGUGGGGGCAGACUCUGGAUGGCUGUGCCUACCAGCCAGGACUGCCAGCAGCCUCCAGAAGCUGGGAGAGCCGCCUGAACGGCCUUCGGAAGGAACCAGCCCAAGGGACACCUUGACUGCAGACUCCCGCCUCUGCCUCCAGGGCUAGGAGGGCACAGAUUCCCGCUCUUGCCCUGGGGGUCGAGCGCAGGCAGCCAGGAGAGCGCUGGGGUGGGGGCUGUGGGCGAGGAUUUGGUUGGGAUCGCUGCCCUGACUCCCACGCGGGAGGGGACGGAGUGUGCCCCUUGCUCGGGGCUCAAGGGGAAAGCCAUCGGAGACGCGCGCCCGUUUAAAACUGGUUAUUUCACUUGUGCUUGGUGGCAGGCGUUUUCCCAAGACCUCCGAAAGCAAGGCUCAGCCAAUUUUGGCUUUGGUGACACCCCCAGAAGAUGCGCCACUCUCACCUCGGGGCACAGAUGGGCACGUGGGGUGUGGGAGUGAAUCUGUGACUUCUGUGUGUCGGAAGGGGACACGCGUCUUAACAGGCCGCAGAACGCUCUACAGGCCGGUCCCCUGACGCGCGGGGAAGGUUACUCUGGGCGCCCGUGGGGACGGGGAAAAUGACGUCCCGGGACCGUUUUUUGCAGAGCCAGGUCUGUUGGGCGAAGCCUUCACACGGGAGGCCUGCAGGCCUUUUUAGGCCAGAAGAUGGGUUUGGUUGACUCCGUCCAUCGUUCGAGACGUUUGGCAUUAGUUAAAAACAAGGAAGUUACACGUACCAAUCUAGGUUUGGAGUUUUCUCGAAAACUUGGCCUGAGCCUGCACUGCCUGCUGGUGAGGCCGCAUGGGCGCGGCCCCCCUGGCCUGCCACAGUCCCCACCUGGCCCUUUCGCCCACCCCCCCCACCCUCCCCCCACCCCGGCCUGCUGCAAUGGCCCACAAGACAUUACGGCCCCAGAUGCAGGGUGGCCUUUCUGUGGCUUUUCCCUGAAAAAGCCCAAGGUCUCUUGCCCAAGAGCCACUGUUCCCACCUCUGCCCCAGCCCUCGAAGGCAAACCUGUCCUCCCAUCUUCCGUCGGGGGACAGUUCACAUUCAGGAAGGGACGCGCAUUCUGAGUACCCGAGAAGCCCCCCCAUGAGAGCCUUUGUCCUCGGCUUUGCAUGCGGACUACAUCAACCAACGUGCAGAACGCUCUGUACUUGUGCCCUGCUGGGCUGUCCAGCCUGCCUGGACUCUUUCCAUAAAUCUGAGAUUUAAUUUAGAAAAACCAAAGAGCACGACACGGCUCUCUAAAUAAAAGCACACAUCUUCGGUUGGCAUUAUGUGCAACUGGCGACUGAAUCGCUGGGGCUGACGGCUUUCUCCUGUCCUCCCGGGGCUCGGGGCUUUUGCCUUUCAAGUCGAGCUUGCGUGUAAUGUCACCCGCCCGUGGGCCUCGCCGACGGGUUUCCUUUCCGCUCCAGCGGGCACCGGGACAGACCAGCGGGCCCGCACAGAUGGCCUGUAUGGCUCGUCGGGUUCGGCCCCUCAUCACGACCACAGCCCCCGGGGCCAGCGUGGCGUCCUUUGCGGGUUUGCCCGAAAGCUCCAAGGGGAUGCCCCCACGUGGCUGGCGGGGGCGAGGAGGCGCCAGUUUGUGUCCAGAUGUCCUGCCGUGUCCCGGGGCUCUGCAUCCUUGAGGACGCCCAGGGAUUCAGACGUGCUCAGUGGUUCCGGGCUGACCGUGGAAGCAUCUGUCCCUCCUGCCGGGGUCCAGCCCACGUGACCCUCAGCGGCCCCGGGGGCCGCGUCCCUUCUGCCAGUUUCCGGCUGCCUUGCUUCUGCAGGAGGCCCCGGACAGCCAUCCACUUCUGGGGGCCUGUUGAGAAUCACUUGGUUUUUCAGUCCAUCGAGCCUCACAGCCAGGAGUGGCAGAGGCUCGCGGCCCUCACCGGGGUCCCUGUGACACCCACAGGUCCCUGUGCUUACCAGACCUCAAAGCCAUUCCAUUCUUGGGUCAAGCGGGCCCCCCGAAGUCCCCCUUUGUUAUUUGUUCCGGAAACAGCCGUUGUUCACGCGCCCACACCGAGCUCUGAAAUUGCUCCUGACACGGGUGCCCGCCGCGGGUGUAGACGGGGUGACGGUCCUACCCCACCUCCUGUAGGUGUGCGCUCUUGGGCGGGAGCCCCAACACCCGCCUCUUCUCUGGCAACUGGGGUCACCGCAGCGCCCCGUUGCUCAGGUCGGCACGAGGGAGGCCAGCCCACGAGGUGUGUCUCAUUAGCAAGGAUCCGAUUCACAGCCCGGCGGACCAAAGCCCAGAGUUUCGCGGUUUCUCUUUCCCCUCGUGUGCUCACGAGAGGACACGGUGAGAGGGCAGGCUGGCGGGCAAGCUGGGGGUCACACUCCCAGGCCCACUGCUGGGAGGACCAGGGCCCUUCUGAGUGGCUGGGACACUUGGGGGGUUUAUUUAUGUUUGCCUGUGGGUGUUUGUCCCCGCUGGUGUUUUAAGUCGCCACGCCGCCAUCCAAGAGAUUAGCUGAGCCAACCACCCUGGAGCGCUCGGCCCCCGUGGGCCCGGCGCUUCUGCGGGCAACGCGGAGAGUGCAGGUGCCCGGGCCGACGCAGGUCUCCAGCAAGGCAGGGGCGUGCCGGCACCCGGGCCCUGCCCCGUCCCUGGGCCCCCAGCCCCGAGCGCCCAGACAGGCAGCCCCUACUGCCCGUCGCCAAGUCUGGGUGGUAGCUCUUCGAUCGUCUUAUUUAUUUAAAUACGAAAGAACACUUCAUUUCCUCCCAGGUAGUCUGGAAGAAGGUCCCCCGGGGAAACUGCAAGAAAGCGGCAGGCUUGGAGGCAGGGCGGCAGGAUCGCUCUUCCAGGGAGUGACCUGGGGCCUGGCCGGAUCCACAGGGAGGCGCGCACUGGUUUCAGAAAAGCCGGGAGUCCCCCUGGGAGUCCCCCCACCGAGUGCCUCAGUCAGUGCCUCUUUAGGUAAGAGAGACGGGCAGUGGGUCCCAGACCCGUGCUCCAUGCUCAGAGGACGUCGACCGACAGUCGCGCCCCCCCCCCCCCCCCCCAACCAGAAGACCAGUGACGCGCCAGCUCUCCCAGGGCCCAGCUCCCUCGGCGGGGAUGGGGAAGAGCCACCCUUGCCGGGGGCUCCCGGUCACAGCUCACUGCGGGAUGCCUUGGCCACAAUCACCAGCUUGGACAGCUCGGCCUUGAACGCCCCGGGCCGGUGGGACACUGCAAGAGAAGAAGGACUGGGGUGAGACGCUCCGGGCCCCGGGCCAGGCCCGGGCGCCGUCCCCACAGUGGACCCGACACGGAAAGGCCCCCAGGCCUGAAGUCCACUGGGUGAGGGACACAAGGGAGGCUGUCCCGAGGGCAGCAGAAGCCCCCGGAAAGCUCAGCGUGGGAAGAGCCGAGGUCAUCCUGCGAGAAUGGAUGGCGGCCGAGCUGCAUCACCUCCCGUUUGCACUGGCAACCCCACCUCCUUUGUCCUUGACCGCUACAGUCCCACACCUCCAAGAAGGACCUGCAGGUAGGACAGGGCUCCUUCCAGACCCAAGGCCCCUCAUGCCCCAAACCCCCGCUCACUGCACCCCCCUCCUCCAUCCCUAUGCCCGGUGACUCCCACAAUCACAGGGGUCCUUCACCUUAUCUUUGCUGUCCCUCAGGACCCUCAGGGCUCCCCGCCACACGGCCCCACUCCCGUGUCCAUCGUCCUAAUCGCUCGCCCUCCCCGGAGCCCCGGCUGUGGAGCUUCCCACCCCUCCUCCUGCCCAGCACCCGCCCCGCAGAGCCCAACACGGCUCAGGACACCAGGGGCUCCCCGACCUCACAGGUAACCCCGCCUCCCCGUGACACACGGGGCAGGCAGCAACCUCGAUGCCUCGCGGACACCUUCUGCGUGAAAAGCGCAGGAACUCUUCCUCGUCCCAGAGCCCGGGACGGCCAGGCUGUGUGGGUGUCACAGGACCCCUUGCUGUGGAGCGACCCCGAGCGUCCCCAAGGGCCACAGGGCUCCGAGCAGACUCUCGCGCCCUCCGUUCUCUAGCAGGGACUGGACAAGCGUGGCCUGCGCCAUGAGCUCAGGGCGGCUUCUACGUUUUAAACAACUUUAACAAGAACCGACAGGAAAAUGGUAUUUUAGGGAUAGGCAGUUCACGCUUCCGUGUUCAUACAAUAAAGUUUUAUUAGAACGCA